CAUUUAAUAGUGAUCAGGUCGCUUGAGACCAAUGUCACAUGAGUCAUCGUCUCAGAAUCAGAGAUCAGACGAAGACAAAAGAUUUAACUAGUCUCUAGCAGUCUGUACUCGGAGUAAGUUUUAGUAAUCCGCAGUCAGUGAGUUGAAAACAUUCUCGUUUUAAUUGUCGAAGAAUUCAGAUCGAAAAAUAUAGUUAUUAAAUAUGGUGUCUAAAAUUUCCUUUAUUAUUUUAUUUACCUUUUUAACUUUCAUUGCACAUGAUGUAGAAGCAGACGGAUGGAAGUUUUGGAAGAAAGAUACAACAACAACAACAACAACAACGACAACUACAACAACUGUAUCUCCACCUAUAAUCGCAGUAAAUCCGAAUUCUGGCGUAGGCCAAGCGAUAGCUAAUGCCGGUAAUCCGAGCCUCGCUGUAGGCGCCAAUAAUGCAGGAACUAUUCGAGUUUCGACCACGCCAAGACCGCGUUAUCCAAAUCCCGGAACGGAAGUUGGUUUAGAUGUACCGAAUUCCAGACCUAAACUUAAUAAUCAAGAUUACAGAAACUUAGCGAUUGAUUUAACGGGCGCUGGAGAACCAGCACGACAACCUCCGAAACCAGGAUCUCCAGCUGCUAAUCCUGCAUCUUCACUUCCAUCAAUUCCAGCAGCUGGGGCACCACGACCAAAUUCUAAUCCAACUCCUGUUCAAAAUAAACCCACUUCAUCUACAGCGAGACCUUUAGUAACAUCAACGACACCACGACCAGUAGUAAAUAAUCCAGGAUCUCCACAAACUGGACAAAAACUUUCUGGUUUACCAUCUGGAGGAUCAUUACCAGGACCAUCAUGGGCUGAAGUUGCUGGUGGUUCUAGUAGAUCUGGUUCACCAGCACCAGCAUCUAGACCUGGUUCACCAACUCCAGUAUCAAGACCUGAUUCACCAACACCAGCAUCUAGACCUAGUUCACCAGCACCAGCAUCUAGACCUAAUUCAGGAACAGAUCAAUCUUCUUUAACACGUCCAGCUGUUGGAGCAGCAGUUGUUGGCGCUGGAGCAGCUGCAAUUGCUGGUGGUUCUAAAGUAGUUUAUUCAAGUAAUCCGACUUACAGCAAAGGAAAUGUUGUAACUGAUGAAGAUUUGGAAAAAUUAUCAGAAGCGUUAUUCAUUAAAGAUAACAAUAAUGCCUUUAGACAUAUUACAAUUAAUUUACAAAAACAAACUAGUCCAAGUAGUCCAAAAGACGAAGCCCCACAGCCAUUGUUGACUGUAAAUCCAGCAGCAUUACAAAUUCCAACAAUUUCAAAAGUCCUUACUAUUUAUGAUAAUUAUCAGUUAGACACAAAAGUUAAUGAACACAUAAGUCCUCUUCAACGUACUGAAGAGAGUCUUCUUGUUGACACAUUCCUCAGUACCAAUGUUAUGUCAGCGGCAAUGAAAUUUUUAGCUGACAAAGGAUUUAUUAAAAAAGAUUAUUAUGAAUAUAAAGAUACCUUGAGAAGGCUGUGGUUCAACUUAUACUCAAGGGGAGAAGGUAAAAUUGGAUCAUCUGGAUUUGAACAUGUUUUUCUAACGGAACUCAAGUCGGGGACGGAAGUUAGUGGUCUACAUAAUUGGAUUUAUUUCAAUGCUGAGGAAGGUAAAAACAGAGUUAAUUAUCUUGGAUACAUGAAGAAAUUAGAUCUUGGUGACAAAGCUGUGAUUUUAAAGUUACAUGCUAAGUUUAAUGAAAUUGAUAAACCGGUGACGACAAUGUUUGUUGGAACAUCACCGGAAUUGGAAAUGGCUCUUUAUACUGUUUGUUUCUUCACGAGACCUGAAAGCUCCUGUCCUGUGUCACUAGGUGGUUCCAAAUUAAAUAUUAUCACUCACAAGUUUAAGUAUCGCGGCAAUGAUUUAAUUGGAUCUGCGUAUCCUGAUCUGUAAAUUUAUUAUAAGUAUCAAUUGUUAUUGUUAAUGUUGAUAUAUUAUUAUUAACAUUGAUUUUAAGUUCGUAAGCCAAUUCUUUUAAUAAAUAAAUUAUUACAUUUAUUUUAUUCA